AUGACCCCUUUACACCUGGCUCUUUCCAAGGGUCACGCUGACGUUGCUGCUGAACUUGUUGAACGCGGUACGUUAUUUAAGUGGAUAUUUCAUCACUUAAUACCAAUAGGAGCCAUUCAGAAGUAUAACAAGCGCGGUGAAGUGCCGUUGGACAUGGCAUCUGAAUCUACAUUAUCACGAUUGCAAGAUCUAUUAGGCCCAGAGCGUUUCGAGAGGCUGAAAAGCGUAGAUGAUACUAUGAAGAAUAUAAAACCACCGGUACCAUUUUAUAAUCGGAAGAAGAAAACGAAGGGUGAUAGCUCUGUAGCUAGGGAUGACAAGGAAUCUAUUGAGCAAGCUGUGAACGAUGCUGUAUAUGAUUUACCCGCACAUUUGACCUAUACAUCGACCUUGGAUUACAUAUCAAUGAUGGAUACGGAAAACGGUAGCCUAUCAGGUAACCAACCUGAUAGCGAAAAUUCUCAAUUGGUACUUACAUUCAACAAAAAAUCACCUCACUUUCGUCGGAUAACGGAGUUCUUUGAAACGUGCGACAUCAAUAUUACUGUGCCGCUACCGCUUAAGAACAAAUGGGUUAUUUGGGAGCAAAUAGUUAAGGGGGGUGAUCAUCGUCACAAUACAGACUAUAAAUGUCAUACCAGGCCACUGGUGGCCUUUGACACCGUACAGAGCUUCUGGAAUCUAUGGUUUAAUAUACCUCAACCAAGUGAACUUUCCACAACACGCCGCCUAUCCAGGGAAUGCAAGGACGGAUCAGAACAUGUAGUGGACGCUAUUAUGUUAUUUAGAGAUGGAAUAGAACCCAUGUGGGAAGAUGAGAUGAAUAAGGAUGGUGGUCACUUUGACUAUCGGUUCAAACCUACCGACGUUUCGCAAAUUACAGUAGAUGAAUAUUGGAAUAAUAUAGUACUAGGACUCAUAGGAUGCAGCAUACCACAUGCCAAUCUGAUUAAUGGCAUUCGUCUGGUGGACAAACUUGCCAUCAGGUUCCCCGUCGUGCGUAUCGAAGUUUGGUUCCGUAACCUAGGCGAGGAUAACGACGCUACGCAGUUGAUGAAAUCUAUCGGAACGUGUAUGGCCCGCCGUUUGACUCAAACAUUAUGCUUUAAAAUGUCACGCAAUGCGUUAUAUGUUACAGGCGACUUUUGCGUUAAUACUUUGGCGUUUCACAAUAGCCGCGACUUGCUCGUAACCGGUAGCAUCGCUGGUAGCCUUGCCUUAUAUACAUGGGACCUUGAGACGGCCACUAUUACACCUUCUCGAACUAUAGACGAUGCACAUAACAGGUCCAUAAGGAAGGCUGGGUUCUCAGAUGAUGGCAACGCCGUCUCUGCCGACAAAAGGGCGUCACUAAUUGACGUGGAAGGAGGCGCCGUGAAGUGGUAUAGCCGUAAACAUGAGUUAGUUACUGUGUGUAAAUACAAUUCAACUUUAUUUAGAGCAGGAGUAACCACAUUCUGCAUUAUAGAUGACCAUACUAUCGCCACGGGUGAUGAAGAUGGAGCUAUAUUGCUCUGGGACACACGGGUCACCAAGGCAGUUUGCCGCUCAAAGGUUACCGAGUUCAACAGUACUAUUGCAGGUAUCUUGUUAGGAAAGGACACAAGGGAACUGUUGGCGAUAUGUGAUGACCAGUUGGGGUGCUUUACCCUAAAAAACGGAAAGAUGUCACUACUCGGCAUGUCAGACAAUGUUGAAGACGAGUUUUUGUGUUUCUGCUAUGCCAAACAGAUGCGAAAGGUCGUAUGCGGGACUAAUACAGGACACCUGUGUCUAUUUUCUUACGGACAUUGGGGCGAUAUCAACGACCGCAUAACCCUAGGGACAAAUAGCCUGGAAAGCAUUGUCGCAUUGGACCAUAACACGGUACUAAUCGGCGGUGAUAAUGGAACUAUCGAUGUUGUAUCGAUAAUGCCGAACGAAAUAAGAGGCACUCUGGGGGAUAUAGCUAAGCUCGGCGAUAAAAUAACAAAUACGGACUCGCUAUGCCUAAACGACACAAAAACAAUUCUAGGGUUCAUAGCUAAUCUUGAGCAAAUAUGCCUCGUUACCACAGACAAGAUCAUCCAGUUGGCAGACGGCAAAUUGCAAGAGUCCAGCUUUUUUGCUGACCUCUAG